AUGGACUUGGACCAAACAGACCUGGAAGUUUCUCCAAAACUAGAAUCCACAUCUCUACCGACAUCUGGAUCAGCAGCUAUAAGUUCUUCAUCCAUCAACCCUGCAGUGUCGUUCAAACGUAAAAAGACUUUUCAUGAACAAGAGACUGAACGCAAGGCUGAAGCCUUGUCAGAGAUUCUCUUGCUUAUGGAUGAGUUUGCACCCAUUAUUCCUGAUAGUGUAACGGAUCAUCAUUUGGCAAGAUCAGGGUUUCAAUGUGAUGAUGUGCGAGUCAAACGACUGCUAGCACUUGCUACACAAAAGUUUAUUUCAGAUAUUGCUACCGAUGCAAUGCAUUACUCUAAACUGCGACAGCAGGCUGUUCAGGGUAAAGAGCGACGUCAGACUCUCAAGGAUAAGAGAACAGUGCUUACUAUGGACGACUUGGCUGCUGCCAUGUCAGAACAAGGUGUGAAUAUCAAGAAGCCAGACUAUUAUGUGUAA